AUCCAGCGGUUCAUAUUUUCAAACGGCAGCUUGAAGACUCACAUCCGAGCAACAAACGGAGCACUUGACUAAACAGGACAUGAAUUUAAAGUGAAAUCGCUCGCUCGUGAAACCUAUUAAUUACACAAGGCGCACGACACAUCAAAAUUCACUUCAAAUCACAACUGAUAGAGAGAGACACAGCAACCGACAGCUGCUUGUUACCGACUGCGUUAUCCUCUAGUGGGGAUAAUACGGCAGCGAAGGAAACACAAGCGCGUAUUUAAUAGCUUGAAAUGGAUCUGCGAGUUGUUCAUGGUACCCGUGAUUCUAUCGCAGGAAGUAUGUUUGCGCCCCGAGUGGAUAACCGAGAAGAACUUCAGUUCGCGGAUUUCCGAAGUAGGGAGGCGGACAAUAUGAGACGGGCAGAUGUCAGGCAUAAGCCGUUCAUGCAGCCAGUGUACAGAACAUCCAAGGACAUCGACAGCAGACAGCGAAUCACGCCAUCAGAACGACAUAACGGAGUGAUUCGACCCGAAUUUACGAGGUUAGUCAACGAGAUUAUUUUAAUAGAAUUUGAUCGAUGAUUCCUGGCUGGAUUAUUGAGAAAAAUAUAUUGAGAGUAUUCUUGGGGACUUGGGGAAUAAUUGAAUUAAAAAUCGGCUUUAAAAGAAGCUCUUGUCUCCCGCAAGGUUUUACCUAUACGAUAUACCUCCUACAAGGGCGGUAAAUACGGCAAGUUAUUUACUUCAACAAUGGUUCUAAACUUGGCAAUUUGAGUUUGACAAUCUCACAUAAUGAUGGAUUCGAGUCAGUACAGCUCUUCUUCAAAUCUUCAAGUUGAAUUUUUACCAUGUCCUUAAUUUUUAUGUAUUAUUAAUAUUGCGUUCAUUUGUUUUGCCAUGUUUGUCAUCUAAUUUAAUGAAAAUUACACAUUUGUCGAGGUUACACAAUUACUCCGGCGAAAAUUACCCAAACUGUUCAUUAAAAUUCGGUUUUAAACGGAGCCUUUUUAAUGUUUCAACCGGUAUAGAAUGAAGCUACUCAAUCUCUACUGUGUAAUAUACAGAGUCGGGUAAUUAAUUUUUAAUUACAAGCAACGUUUGAAUAAAUGAUUAAGGGCUGCAGUGUAAACUGGUAAUUACUUUCGCAAAAACAUCACUUAUUUAGCUGACGGGUUCUUUGACAUGCUGAGAUAAACUUAACUGACUUGCUCCGAACGAAACAUUUAAAAUGUCGUACACUCUAUAUGACCAAGUGCUUUGAUACAUUUACGGAGUGUAGUUGCUAAGUGUUAUUGAUUCACUUUAAUAGUCAGUAAAGUGACUCUAAUAUUUUCCACUGCGAUGGACACUUCACGAAAAAGUCAGUUUAGGUCUGAAAUAGUUUGAUACAAAUUUCUUACAAAAUUACAACAUCUUGAAAUAAUAAUAUUUGAAAAAAUUUUGACAAGACAGAAUCUUGAAUAUCGACCUUUACUCUGACCCGUGAGCUAACAAGCUAGUUUUCUGCGCUUGAAAGAUGCCUAAUUUCGUUUGCUAACCAAGGAAAUUUCACAUGUUGCAGCAGUACUCGAUGGACGAUCCAUUUAUUAGCCCUUUCAAACUCAGGCUAGAAUCGCAUAACUACACCGUUAUGUGUUAAGUGAAUUUUCCAAAAUAUGCAGAAACAAAAUAAUUGUAAUCUGUGGCUUGUAUCAUCUGCAGCAAAAGGCAAGUCGACCUUUUAAGAUCUGUUUUAACUUUUUACAUUGCUGACAACUGCAUAAACUCUUUCAGAAAUCAUUUUAUACUGCCGGUUUGAUAACUAAGUUAUACUUAAACAAUAUCUUCUCGGUUAAUAUGGUAUAGCUCCCUUUACAUUCAGAUCAAAGACUCCAUAAUUUUCCGGCUCAAUGAAGCUCAUCUUUGAAGUAAACAUGUAAUCUUGCUUCGUGAUUUCUUAUCCCGUGUCAAUGAUUGCUCUGGAAACUAUGAGUCACUCUUAACAUUCCUCCAGCGACUGCCCUUUUCCGCGAUUGCAAGAAUUAAAGUUUAAUUAAAAGAGGCCCCUUUUUUCGGCAUGUGCCGAGAUCCGUACGUGAUCGGUGAAGUAGAGUGUGACAAAGCUAAGCUUGCAUUUAUAUUUUUAGCUCAAAAUUCCGAGAAUAGUAGAAAACUAAAGCUAAUGUAGUCUGUGCAGGUUUCAACUGAGACAAAAUGAUUAUUGCUGAGCUGAUGCUCGAUUCAGAGUUCGGUCUGAAAAAUUUGAGCAAGAGUGAUUACAUGGAUGAAUUUCUGAGCUCACGAGCGAACAAAUAUGCACAAGUGCAGAUUAGUCAGACAGCGGAUCAAAUAUAUGAUAUGCCUUAUAAUUACAACCCAAUAUAAUCCAGUCUAUAUGGCAUAAUCUGUUUUAAGAACACAAUAUUAUCGCUCUUUGCAAGAUGUCAAUCAGGGUUUAUUUCAGAUUUUUUUUGCUUUAUCUGUUUUCGGGAGAAGCUUGCUGAGAGACAAACCAGAAACAAAAACAACAACAACAUGAACACAUCCUUUCCUUUGAGUUAACAGGAGUUAAACACGUUCUAACAAUCUUUUUGCAUGGCGGACCUACAUUAUCUUUGUGUUUCUUUAUGCUAAGGUGUUCUUCAUAGGAGCAAACUCAUGGAAAUUCAAAACGUUUGUCAUAUAGUGACAGCGGGAAAAGUCAUUCCUUUCAUCAUGUGUCGGCGUGUAUUCUCAGAUUGCGUCUGCUUUACACGUGAAAGCCUUAAAAUCGUAAGUAAGCGCUGCUGCCUCAGCUGAAACUCUGAAAAAAAAGGACUGGAAGGAAAAUUUACUUAGAAUUAUUAAUGAUUUUAUUGUUAGAAUAACUACUGGCAAAAACCUUGUGCGCGCUAGCCGGUAGCCUCAGACUGUAAAAAGCUAAACCUUAAUCGCCGUUGGAGAUUGCCGUAAAGUAAUUUUCAACUGAAUGUCGAGAGUAGUCCAGGAUUGCCAUGAUUUUUCUUUACUUCGCUUUGUGAUUGGUCCUGAAAACUCGUGCCAUGCUCUAAACCAAUUAGACACGAAAUGAAACACCAAUCGUGACUUGGUCGCCCGCGUUUUCCCGCUCUUUUAAUUUGGUAGUUUGCCAGUUUUCAUUUCGAGCCAUCAUUGGUUAUUGAUGACGCAAACCUUUGUUAUGAUUGGCUGUUGUGAUUGCUUUGGUUUUGGUUUUACGACAAUCAAUUGAAAACUGCUCAGUUUUAAAUUUGAGUAUAAGUGGAAAUGAUAUAAAGUAUAUAAAGUCGUGCUACGGAAACACGGGGAAAAUAAUUUUGGAGGAGCCUCGCCCGAGUUCACUGCCAAUACAGAAGAGAUGAAGUAAUUGGGAAACUGGUCUCAGACUAAUCUCUUAUUUAGUCGGGUGUAAACCUAUUGAUGAAACAAUGAACUAAAACUCUUGAAAACACAAACAUUAGCUGUACAUGUGAGGAGACAAAAUGGUCAAAAUCGUGUCAAGAUAAACAUAGGCUUGGAAUAUUUGCAAAAAUUCAGUUUCUUUCAAAUAUCAACCUGUUUUCUCUUUAAUCAUCUUCGUAUUUUUCAGUCGGUCACUUUGUUUAUAGUCAAAAAACAUUUACAUGAUCUUUUUUUUCUGUUUAUAAUUUUGGAUAAUAAAUCAUACGUUCCAAAUUGUUUCUCUAGAACAGUGCGUUUCCGACACGGUUAAAGGAGAUGUUCGGGAAUACCUCGACCACUGUCGUAAAAUUUUCGGCUUUCUCAGUUCAAACUAAAAGCGACUGAAUUAAAAUAUUCAACUGUGGAUCAUGUUUCCCGAACAAGGCUCCACCAUGUAAGAUAUAAUAAUAUUAUAGCAUUACUUCCGUGAUGAUUCCGAACAGAUCUGUAAACUCAACACAGAAAUGAACAAACUCAAGCUCCUAUCUUGCUAGUUCACAGUGCACACUUUAAAUCUAUCGGAUUUACUUAGCUGGCCAAAUAAAACUCAUCUGUUUCUCAUAAAUUAUUGAAGAAAAGACCGAAUUUGAAGGCACAACUUGUGAAUUACUACGAUAACUUUUUCAUCCAACAAUUGGCGGGGUCAUCUUAAGCAUUUUCAAACAUAUUAUCCAGUUUUAAAUUGAUUGAAAAUGUCAGAAAAUUUAAAAGAUUGCUUUCCGAUGGAAAAACAGUCCCUAAUAUGGAAUCGAAGCAGCUGAAUUUGAGACGAUCUUAAUGCCCUAUGAAUAUUCAUUGAGCCCUCGAGCAGACAGCCAAAACCAUCUGCUUCAGCGGAUUGCACAAAUAAACCUUCUUGAAUUGAGCCGAGCGGUCUUUUAACGAAGACAAUUUACAACUUGAUGUUCGUGGGGCCCCGCUAUCUUCACACAUCGCCGAAGACUGCUCGCCAUUAUUCAGCGUUCAAAACAGAAUGCUUCAACAGAAGUCUGGCGGAGUCACGGACAAACGGCCGAAACAGUGCCCAAGCGAGACACUAAGGUCACUUUAGCUCUCUAUUUUAUUAAUACAUGCCGUAGACAAGUAGAGUCAGCAGUUACUACUUGUCGCGACAAAGUGCGCACGGGAGCCAAAAACACACAACUUCAGCGACGUAGUGCAAGGCAAUCUUCGCUGAUUUAUCGAUCAUAGCGUUUUUAGAUUGACAGUAAUAACGUUUUCAAUGGUUUAACCUGGCUACGAGUUGAUGUUCCUGCCUAGAUUUGUUCUGCGAUCCGUAUGGCUUCUUAUUAACAUGCAAUUACUUAUUCGGUUACAUUAUAGCUUCUUUGGACAUUUCCGCGAGAGAUAUUUGGACUUUACAUCUGUCACUCUCAGGGUAAACCUCAUUACUUGUAAUAUUAUCGGAAAUAUUUCCGAAAGAUUCAUCCUCUCAAAUGCACGCUCUCCUUUGUUAAGCUCUCCAAAGGGCAGAUGGGGCUAGCAAAAUCUCUUUAAAACUAGCAGGAACCUUUUUUGUUUUGUUUUACACGCUAAACAAGUUGUAACGAGCAACUAUUCAAAUACAGCUGCGCAACUAAUGCAUAUGCAACAAAUAAAUAAAAAAAAAUAUAUUGCGCGCCACCAAAAUCUACAUAUAAACAGGUACCAGGCAUUCAUAAUUUGUCGCCUUGAAAAAAAAGGCAGUGAAUUUUUAGCAAGUAAUGCAAAUCAAAUUGACAUCAAAGAUGAGCUUUUUUACAGUGCUGCUAAAAAUUAACGGGUGUUUCUUCUUUACCUUGAAAAAGCCGAAAUAAAUCAUAAGAUAUAAUAUUUAUAAUUACUUCAGAGCAACAUGGAAAGGUCUCAAGAGAACGGGGAGCAUCAAUUUCAGCAUUAUUCUAGUGUAUUCUAUGAUAACAUUUAGGUGAUUUAAAGAUAAUUUUCCGAGCUUAAGGGAAGCCAUUCUAAACUUUUCCGAGAACCGCUUCGAUUUUGAUGUUUUCGGUUUAAAAUUGAAUAUUUCCUUUUAAUCGGUUCAUAUAUCUCAUCUCUGUACGUUGUUGUUGUUUUUUUAUUUAAAGUAAAGUGUCGGCUUAUGUAGUUACUUUUUCAAAACGGUAUAAGCAAAAGAAAAAAAGCUGGAGAUGCAAAUUAAAAUAUUUUUUUUUUAGUUUUUCCCCCGAGGGAAAAGUACAACACGGAGAUUUUCUUAUUAAUGAAUGGCUUCCUCCCGUUUUAAAUAUUAUUUUCUUCUGGUUACACUCUCAUAUGUGCCUUUUUUUAAUCUUAGUAAUGAUCAGUGAGAAACUUUAACGCUCUAAGAUCAUAGUAAUAAUUUGGCACAAAUGUGUAAACUCGCCAAGGUUAUGUUCAAAGCUUCGCUGAGAUGCUUUCCAAUAUGUUUAUGAUUGCGCCAGAUUGCUCAGGUUAAAUACUGAGAGUACUCGUGGGAAAUGAGUUCUGUCAAAGCAGCCUCUGAAAUGAUUGAGAUUUUCGAGAAAAAAUCAUUUUCUGAAAUUACAUUGUAUUAAAAUAAGAUUAAUUAUUAUUUUUUUUUUUUAAUUUGGCCCUUGCCAUGGUUAUCCGUUUUAUUUUUUCGUGUGAUUAAUGAAUACGUUUGUACAUAAUUGCUUUCUUUUUCCGAGACAUAAUAAGUGUUUGUUAUUUAUCUUUUAUGCUAUGCAGUCUGUUUUGUUGUACAGUUUAAUUACUAUUUUUCAUAGGCGAAGAACACAUCAAAAGUUUUUACACCGGCAAGGUUUCAUCAUCUGAGCGAAAACCGGAAAACUGCUUUCAAAGUUUUACAGCACAGUAUCUUGGCACAUGUAGCAAGCGCUCUAAUCCGAAAUUUCUUGGGAAACUGAACUAUAUUAAUGCUAGAUUUAUGGCAUGAGCUGUGAAGUUAGUUUUCACCGGUAAUUUUUCUGAGUCAUCCAACUCCUAAAGGACACUGUUUAGUGUCACAAAGUUGCAUUGGUAAAAAAUCAUUACUGACUGAUAUAUUAAAUUUGGGAGUGGAUGAUGAGAGGCCUGAGGAAAAAACACAAUUUUUGUGUUAUGUUAUCAAGAGAUUAUAAUGCACUUUAUGAUUUCUUGAUUUUAUUGAUCAUUACAUUGUCGGACUGACGCGAAAAAAUGCGCGCACGCGUGUGCCUCUCUCGAAAUUACUCGCGUGCGGCAGCGCAUAUGUCUAUCUGAGCGUAUGCAGCAGUCUUUAAAAAGCCAUUUUAUUAUUUUAUUUUGCAGUUUAGCUGAUGUUUACGAAGGAGCCCUCCGCAACGUAUUGGGUAUACAACUUCACCUGGCUCUCGAUGAUCAGCAGUCGUUUGCACAAGACGCCAUAAAUGAUCUUCUUUUCAGUCGCGAGAAAUCCUUACCUGGCCACCACAGGGGGCUACGACAUGAUCAAAACAACUGUAUCAAGAGGGGAAACGAAAACCACCAAAACAGUCUUCCAAGCGAUGAAAACAAAAACAUUAAAAACGUAGGCUCCUUUCAGGGGCGCACUUCUCUAAGGGACCCUCUGAGGGUUUCUGCAGGGGGUUCUGCCUUUCACGUCCCCCCUAAGAAGUUACGAUUAGAUGAUGAUAUACCUUAUUCCGAAAGGGGAUUUCCUAUGGAACACUACGGGGUUGCCCCAAGGAUGAACUUCCCACCGGACUAUCCAAACUCCUUUCAUUCCCCGAAAGGAGCACCGGGAAUUUACCACCGACGGGUCAACGCGCCUGAAACUGUGUCUCAUGCUUACGGAACAAACGGGAUUCACAUUCCUUCACCCAGGGAUCGCUACUCUCUGUGGUCAUUCGGACACCAUCGAGAUAUCUCUAAUUUAUUCCCGGUUCGGUGUUCUUCUGUUGAAAGCGAUCACAGACUUCAUCCAGGGAGUUUCGAUGGCGACAGGCGGAGAACUAUGGACUUCGGGCGCGUAAAUGGAUUUAUGCAUGAAAAAACAGCCGUACAGGUUAAAAACGAAAAGGAACCGAGAGAUGAAAUCACUAAACGCGACCAAAAAGCAAUUUUAACCGAAAAACGAAGCCCACUGGCUUCAGAAAAGGAGACAGGACUUGAACGGGAUUUGGAAAGAGACAAACUAUCGCCAAAUUCUUCGUCUUCACCAAAAUCUAAACAGGUUCACCCUUUAUUGAUUCCUCGAAGAUCGAGUCCGACGCAUGGAGCUGUAGAUUUUCGAAUGAAAACGCGCUACCGCAGCGCGCUUAGGAAACUGGAAGCCAGAAGAGAAGGAAGGAAAGGAAGCGUAGACGAUGCUAAAGAAGAGUUUCUAUUCAAGUUAGGACUCGAAAGAAUCGAAGCUUGAAUGGGUUAAGAAUUCUACUUAUUGACAACUGGAAGAUAAAUAAAUAAAUAAAAAAUAAAACGAAGUCUUACAUGUAUAUCCACUGAAAAUGAUCAACGACAACUACAACAAAGAGUGAGAAAGUAAAAUUUACUUUUGAUUGGUCAAGUAUCUUCUUGGACAAAUAUAACUCGUGACGUCAUGAAAGGGAUAACUGGUUAUUUACGCAUGUGCAAAGACGAAGAAUUGAAAGAUUCAAUUAAAAGUAAAUGAUCUUAGUCGGUUUGAAUUCGGAAAGAGAACGCCUCGACAGAAGCGUAUGUUUUUCUUUGUGUUACUUAGGGAUUUUUCUGUAUUAGUCGGGAGGCUUACAAAAGUAUAUAUUUAUUGUUGAUACUCAAACGAAGUCCCGGUAUGAAUCGCGAUAGUAAAAAGCCUCUUGUAACAAAAAUUCAGCUUGAAUCAGUAAAUCGUAAACCUAGCUUACAAAUUGUUUUAAAGUGCUGAAUAUAAUGGUCGCCAUUAUUAUCACUUAUGGCAGAGAUUAAUAUUAACGCGACUAGGUUUUGACUUUUCUAUUUAAUUUUAAAGUAUUUUGCAACGUUAACUUGAAAAAUGGUCGAAAUCAUGUUAAAUUGUAUGAUAUGGAAACUUAUCCCUUUAAAUGGAAGUAAACUGCAAUGUUAAUCUACUGCAAU